CGCGUGAGUGGAGUCUGCUCGUGCUACAGUAGUGCGCGCGCGAGGGAGGCUAGCACGUUCGCUCGCGGUAAACUUCAUUUUUUUUUGUUUGUUGUGCUACUUUCACUUCGCGUCCGAAGAGGAGAAUUUCAUGCGAUAAGUUUGGCAAGGAGACCGCGGCUUGUUUUCUCUGAACGUUCAGCUUUUGUUAAACAGUCGAAUCAUGUCUGCCUCAGCGGCUAAAGUGAGUAAAAAGGAUCCGAACUCCAACCACGACGGAGCGGACGAGACCUCCGAAAAAGAGCAGCAGGAAGCCAUUGAGCACAUUGAUGAAGUACAGAAUGAAAUUGACAGACUGAACGAACAGGCCAGUGAGGAGAUCCUUAAAGUUGAGCAGAAAUACAAUAAGCUUCGCCAGCCAUUCUUUCAAAAGCGGUCAGAACUUAUUGCCAAAAUCCCCAACUUCUGGGUCACUACGUUUGUGAAUCAUCCACAAGUCUCUGCUCUCCUUGGUGAAGAGGAUGAAGAAGCACUUCAUUAUCUAACCAGAGUGGAAGUAACAGAGUUUGAAGACAUCAAAUCAGGAUACAGAAUAGAUUUUUACUUUGAUGAAAACAUGUAUUUUGAAAACAAAGUCCUUUCCAAAGAAAUCCACCUGAAUGAAAGCGGAGACCCGACUCCCAAGUCAACAGAGAUCAAAUGGAAACCAGGAAAGGACCUCACAAGUCGUUCCAGCCAAACCCAGAGUAAAGCGGGUAAAAAGAGGCAACACGAAGAACCCGAGAGUUUUUUCACCUGGUUCACUGACCAUUCAGAUUCUGGAGCAGAUGAGUUGGGAGAGGUCAUUAAGGAUGAUAUCUGGCCCAAUCCCCUGCAGUACUACCUGGUCCCAGACAUGGAAGAUGAGGAAGGGGAAGGAGAGGAUGAAGACGAAGACGAGGAAGGUCUAGAGGAUAUAGAUGAAGAAGGGGAGGAAGAUGGAGAGGAGGAGGAGGACGAAGGGGAGGACGACGACGGGGAGGACGACUGAAGAAGAAGCAUCCCGAGCAUAUUCCAUCCUUACCUGGUCCCGUCUGCCACAACCCACCUGCUUCUUUGGCUACUCCCGGGAGCAUCUUCUCCUUUCCAUUCACGGUUUUUUGUUCGUGCUCCCCCUCCUGUCCAUCUAUCCCGACAGUGCCAUGUUGAAAUCCACCCAGGAAGAGACUCUCCCGAUAAACGGACUGCAAAAUACUGCCGAUGUGGCGUUUAACAUCUCGAUUCCCCCCCAAGUAUAUUUUGAGGUUAAAAAAAGCAGAACACUAGUUACAGCAGCACACUGUCUGGAGUAGACUUGCUAAUAGGGUUAUCUCUUUUUUAUAAAUAUAUAUAAAUGUAUAUGCACAAUUCUUUCCUUUUGUGUGGUUAAAUGAACAACUGUCAUGGUGCAUAGUGACGUGCUAGUUCUAGCCUCCUCCUUCGCGGCUUCCUUAAUGAUUUCAGUUUUACCCCCCGUCUGUGGUUUCGGCAGCAAAGAAGCCACGAGCUCAUUCCUGUCCACUCUGUUGGGCCUGUUAGUUCUGGAGGGCUGAGCCUCAGUAAGUGAGGUAAGGAGGUAUUCGAAAACGAUUUGGAUUUUUUUUAAAAUCUUUUCAUUGUUUCAUAAGCAUUCAUCAGAUUUGACAUGUUUUGAUAAAGAAAAAAUAAAAUCUUAAAAAUAGAAAUUACCCAUGCUUGUAAGUUUUGCCCCCGCUGUUUAGAUUUGAUUUGUUAUGUAUGUUCUACUAACCUCGUACUUCCCACAAGCGAACCUUAGCUGUUCGGUUUGCUUUGUUUAAAAUAAAACUCAAUGUCAACAA